AUGGGUACGGACAUGGGCAUGGGUACGGACAUGGGCAUGGGUAUGACCAUGGGCGACGACGGGAAAGAGUGGGCGGUGGGCGAGGCCGUGGCCACCGGUGCCCGCGGCCUCAUCCCGCUUGCCUUCUUCCAGGUUCUGCCCGAGCGGACUGGCAAAGAGUCGAUCACUGCAGCAGGCUCGGCUGCGGCAGUGGCAGCGGCAGCGACGGCGGCAACGACGGCGGCAACGACGGCGGCUGGCGGAAGUGAUGGGCCAGGUGCCGGUGCUGCUGGCGAGAGCAGCAAAGACUCGCUUGAGGUCGGCCAGGGUGUGGCCAUCGGAAACGAGCGGAAGAAGUCUUUUCGGGCCUCGGUGGUGGCUAGCGGUGGCGAAGUGGUGCUUGACGGCUACGCCGGACUCGUGCAGGCGUACACACAGUCGUUCAUGAGCGCCGCUCCGGACACGCCGCAUCUGUUUGCUCUCGUCACCGACGCCAUGUCACAGGACUGGCUGCGGGCCGAGACAUGGGAUGCGCGGACGUUCCGGCUUUGUUUCCUCUGCGAGGCAGUGCCAUGGCACUUUGCUACGGCGAUGGGCUCGGCAGCACAAGAUGACGUGCUCUCCGAGGGCUAUGCGGUUGUGCAGCCGCUCGAGUUUGUGAUCACCUUUGCGCCGCUCCUUAUUGCAUGGCUCAACAUUCUGAUUGUGGGCCAGACCUCGCGAGAGACACCGGACAAGAUGGAUCUGACAGCAUUUGAUGGCCUCGCUCAGCCGGCCCAGCAGCAGGUCGAGCUUCAGCUGAUGCUGUUUGGCCACCGGCGGUCGGUGUUCCGACACCUGCGACGCGCUGUGGCGACGCUGGUGCAGCAGGCGAGCAGCGCGUAUCCGGAAGCCAUGGCUCUCGCGCUGCGGGCAGUGAGCGUGGCGCCCGAGGCGACGACUCCCGACGACGUGCGCGCCAUGGUCACACCACAGCUCUGCCGCAAGUUCCAGGCCUUUGUCCACGGCCUCGACCCGGCCGCCACCGAGCUGCGGUCGUGGUCGGGCAUGCUCCGUGAUGGCAUGACGAUGGCCGACGGGUACAUCUGCCUUGACCACUGUUCGCCCGAGUCAAAGAUGUCGACUCAAGCGACGUCGAUUCUCACCGGUGGCUUGCUACGAACGCCAUCGCCGCCGAUCACCCCACUCCGUGGCCUGCUGGCAAUUCUCGGCGAGCCCGCCGGCGGCAGCAGCGCUACUGCGCUGCCCGAGGAGCUGCUCCUACCGGCAAGCUCCAGCCCGGCGCCGCCGCCGUCAGUCGUGGUGUCGGGUGAGCCCGCGAGCCGCGAUCGGGCAGGCUCGUCGGCGUCGGUGCCGGAGUCGCCGAGCGCGGGAGUCGCAGCAGGUGUGGCGGCAAAGCGGACAAGCACUCGCGCGGUGUCGCUCAACGUCCAGGCGGCCGCUUCUAAGGUCGGAACACUCUUCAAGCUCGGCGGUUUCCGCAAGGGCUCAUGGCAGCCGCGGCACUGUGUCCUCAACCGCGACCACUUUGUUUACUACAAAAAGUCUGGCGACCGCGAGCCGCAAGGAUGCAUCCACCUCGCCGGCUCGGUCGUUGAGCUCGACGCGUCGGGCGACGUCAACCGCGAGGCGACGUCGAUCAUCCUGGUCGACAACGAGACCAAGUCGAGAUACUUUGUGCGUGGCGAGAGCGAUGACGUGACGCUCGAGUGGUACACCUCGCUCCUUGCUGCUGCCCGCGACUUUGCGCGGACCAACGCGCCUUGCCCGUUCCGCAACCUCCGGCGGUCUUCCAUCUCGCGCAUGGUGGACUCGGUCAAAAAGAAGCGGCUGACGGCCAAGGUCUCGUCCGACUACGCCACCGACACGACGCCGAUUCUCCUCGAGGGCAUCCUUCACAAGCGCGGCGGCCGUUCAGGCAAGAAGUGGCAGCCGCGGUUCUUUGUUCUCAAGGCCAACACGCUGUACUACUUUGUGGGCGCACAGGAUGUCGAGCCGCGCGGAACAAUUGAGCUCGCUGCCCUUGCCGGUGUCUCCAUUCCCGAUGGCGCCCAGGACCGCGACUUUUGCUUUGUCCUCCAGUUGGGCCUCCGCGCAGGCGACCGCGCCAAGGACAUUGUCCUCUCGGCCUCGUCACAGCAAGAGCUGGCAGAGUGGGUCGGCACGCUCAACAAUCUUGUGGCCCAGGUCAUGGCCGCCCGCAUCUCGCCCGGAUCGCCGUCGGCCUCCGCGUCUACCGGCUCGCCGUUGUAAAUACGUCUGACUCCCGCCUCAACCCUC